AUGGAUGUGACCUUCCAGGAUGUCACAUACUACACAGACAGCAAGGUCAUACUUGGAUACACCCACAAUGAGUCACGGUGGUUUUAUGCAUACGUGCAUAACAGGAUUCAACGUAUCCGGCAGUCAUCAUAUCCCAAUCAGUGGAAAAAGCUGCGAGGGAAGCCACAACACCAGCAAAUGGCAGACUUACCAGCCGAACGUCUGCAGAUUGCACCGCCUUUCACCUACGUAGGUGUUGACGUAUUUGGACCAUGGGACAUCGUUUCAAAGCGAACAAGAGCAACUUUGAGGGGACAGAACUUUUUAGGGAAGAAUGGAAACAGGUUCAAAACCUGGCAGAAAUCUUUUGGACCAGGUGGAGACGGGAGUACCUCAGAAGACUGCAACUUUGUCACAAGUGGCAAGACAGAAGCACUAACAUUCAAUUUGACUCUGACAUUUCAUUUGCACUUGAGAGGACGUAUAGUGGGAGGAUACGCACCAGUUCCACAUUCAAUCAAGUACACUGUGUCGAUACAGACGACAAGGCGUCAGCAUAUUUGUGGAGGCUCCUUGAUAAAUAAGUACUGGGUACUCACAGCGGCACACUGUAACAUCGGGGUUGAAAAUAUCGUGAUAGUAGCAGGGGACUACUCUCUGACCAUCUUUGAAGGCACAGAGCAAGAAAUCCUGCCCAAAGUUCUGGUUCCCCACCCUGAUUACAACAACACUACCAACAACAGUGACAUCAUGCUCAUAAAGCUGAAGGCCCCCGUUUACCUGAACAGCUACGUUUCCAUCGCUCUGUUACCCCGACACGGCGCCUCCAUAUCGGUGGGCAGAAUUUGUCGAGUCUCAGGAUGGGGAUACACCAGCCCCAGUGGAGGCCAGAUCCCCUCCACCAUCCACACCGUGAGGCUCCCCAUCGUGUCAACGCAACAAUGCAACAGCAGCGAGUCCUUUGACGGCCAUAUAACAGAAAACAUGCUCUGUGCUGGUUACAGUAUAGGUGGAAAGGAUGCCUGUCAGGGUGACUCUGGAGGUCCGUUGGUGUGUGAGGGACGGGUUUAUGGCAUUGUGUCCUGGGGGAUAGGAUGUGGAGAUGCUCAGUUCCCUGGAGUCUAUACAGCUGUGUCCAAGUUCCGCAGGUGGAUAGACAACACCAUAUUUAGUUACUACAGCAAGUGUAACAAGAAUUAA